AUGGCCUCCCAAUCCACGGGUGAAGACGAGACGCGGCCUAGUCUCCUAAUCGAGCUCCAAGCUGCCACUCGGGCCAAGCACCAUGCUCUCAAUCUCCAGGUCUUGAAUAAACUACCUCUCUGCAUGCCGCCGCCGUCAGAUUCGCCCAUCCUGUACGCGAGAGGCAUGACGGUAUUUGGUCAGAUCUACUACGCCUUUGAGAGCCACCUGAAGAAUUCCCUGGAAAAUGACGAACUCGACGAGACGCUGCGGGACAUAUACCAUCGCAUAUUUCUACCUCGGCUAUUGCGGGCGGCCCUAUUGCAAAGGGAUAUGGAAAUCAUAAAGAUGAGACUGGGUGAGCAGGAACGACAAGAAAUCGACGACUUGGCAGAGCAAUCGAUGGGUUUCCAACGACGAAUCCUUGUCAGCUUGUCCACGAAGCCGCAUGUCCUCCUCGCUUAUGCGUGGACCAUGUACCUUGCAUUGUUUAAUGGCGGCAGAUGGAUGCGCAGUCAGCUUUUCUCGGCGGGCCCGUCUUUCUGGCUCGGGCGAGAACUGCCGCUAUCGUUCUGGGACUUUGAAGACUGUGACGGAACUCCUUCGAACGGAGAAGACCUCAAAGUGGCUUUCAAAGGAGGAUUCGCCCGUUCUGCUGCCUCCCUGAGCGAUAUACAACGCAAAGAAAUCAUCGACGAAUCCAAGGCUUUGCUCGAUCUGUGCUUGGAAAUGGUGAGGUUUUUAGAUGAAUCUCUGUCAUCAUCUUUGGGAGCAGAAACUUGUUCCAUUAUUAAUCGAAACGCCGGAAGCAGUAGGGAGAAGCGGAACAAGACCGACACUGGUAGCUCGGGCUCCCUGGUCGGACCUGCAUGCCACUAUGUGACCUCUACAUUUCAAUCAGUGGCAACAUCGACCGCCACGUUCUGGGGAAGAAAAGAAAUAAGCUCUGAUUGA